AUGGCAAAGGAAUACCGUAAAGAUGAAUUUGAAUUUUUUUUGAAUCAAGUUGGGAAGAUUGAUCAGAGGGUAAAGUCUUAUCUUGAGGUUGCUGGAUUUGAAAAGUGGGAAUGGGUGUAUGCACCUGCCAACAGAGGUAGAAUGAUGACCUCUAACAUAGCAGAGUGUAUAAAUGGUGAGCUAAAGCAAGAACGUGAGUUGUCCAUAAUCGAAUUUCUAGAAGAGGCCAAAAAAUUAUUUGGAAAGUGGAACUUCAAGAAUAGAGAAAGAGCAUCUUAUGCAAACACGUCACUGGGUAGUAGAUUUGAAGGAAUUCUUCAGCUAAAUACUUCAAGAUCUUCAAGGAUUAAGGUUAGUGCGUCAUCAACAUAUAUUUAUUCGGUUUACGAUGAAGACAGAAAGUACAUAGUAUGGCUUGAUAGGAGGACUUGCAGUGGCGGGAUAUUCCAAUUGGAUGAGAUAACAUGUGAACACGCAAUUGCAGUUCUAAAAAGAAAGCAUGUAGUUGAUAUGAAGCCUUAUUGCUCUGAGUAUUACUAUCCUGAAACAUAA